CGACCAAUUCAAAGUCUUUUAAGUCAAUGUCUCUUGUCUUCAUAUAGUUCAUCAAAAACAACACGUUUUGUUAAACAAAAGACUCUUCAAUGGUUCCAUGUACAUAGAUUCCUCCAUACAUUCACGUUGAGAGCUAAAGAGCUAAUCUCUCGAUCCUAAUCGCGAUUAAUCUAAUCUUAAGAAUAAUGCCGGUUAGUGAGCUUAUGGCAGGGGCUGCUCUUGGACUUGCUCUCCAAGUCCUUCACGACGCCAUCAAAAAAGCAAAAGAUAGAUCUUUAACCACAAGAUGCAUCUUGGACCGUCUUGAUGCUACAAUCUUUAGGAUCACUCCGUUGGUGGCUAAAGUCGAUAAGCUUAGCGAAGAAGUGGAAGAUUCACCGAGGAAGGUUAUCAAAGAUCUUAAGCAUCUCCUUGAAAAGGCUGUUUCUCUUGUCGAGGCUUAUGCGGAACUCAGACGCAGAAACUUACUCAAGAAGUUCAGGUAUAAGAGAAGAAUCAAAGAGUUAGAAGCUUCAUUAAGAUGGAUGGUAGAUGUGGAUGUUCAAGUCAGUCAAUGGGUAGAUAUCAAAGAACUCAUGGCUAAGAUGUCCGAAAUGAACACUAAACUUGACGAAAUCACUCGUCAACCAACUGAUUGUAUUUGUUUCAAGAGCAAUCAUAGCACAUCACAAAGUAGUAAUCAAGAUAUUGUCGAAGAGACAGACCGAUCUUUAGAAGAAAAUGUUGAAUGUUCGAGUGAUGGAUCUAAACCGAAGAUUGAUAUCCACAUUCACUGGAGUUCAAGGAAGCUGAACAAAGACCGUGAAAUCCGAUUCUUCUUGAAAACUAAUUUCAAGAAAAUGAUUGGUGAGGUUUUUGCAGGGGGUGCUCUUGGAAUUGCUCUCGGUGUCCUUCAGGAGGCCGUCAAAAGAGCAAGAGAUAGAUCUGUAACCACAAGAUUCAUCUUAGACCGUCUCAAAGCUACAAUCGAUAGUAUCACUCCGUUGCUGCUUCAAAUCGAUAAGGUCAGUGAAGAAAUGGAAGAUCCACAAUCAAGGAGAGUCAAUGAAGAUCUUAAGCUUCUCCUUAAAACCGCUGCUUCUCUUGUUGAGAAUAAUGCGGAGCUGAGACGCAGAAACUUACUCAAGAAGUUAAGGUACAUGAGAAAAAUCAAAGAGUUGGAAGCUAGAUUAAAAUGGGUGAUAGAUGUGGAUCUUCAAAUCAAUCAAUUGGCAGAUAUCAAAGAGCUCAAGGCCAAGAUGUCUGAAAUGAGCACUAAACUUGACAAAAUCAUGCGUCAACCAACAGAGUGUACUUGUGUCAAAAGCAAUUGUAGCACCUUGCAAAGUACUAAUCAAGAUAUUGUCGAAGAAACAGACCGAUCUUCAGAAAAAAAUGCUGAAUGUUCUAAUGAUGGUUGGAAACUGAAGAUUGAUAUCAACAUCGGCUGGUGUUCAAGAAAACAGAACAAAUGCCAUGCGAUCCGAUUCGCCGUGCAGUGAUGAUUCUUGCUGUACCAAUUGUGUUAAAUCACUCAUAUGUAUUAAUAUGAAUAAUCUAAAAUGUAGAUUCAACUUUGUAAUAAUUUGGAGAAUUCCUUAUUUUCAGACCUAAUGCCAAUAUAAUUUGUAUAAA